AUGUGCAUGUGUGUAUCUCUCUUUGUUCCUCUGUUUCUCUGCCUUGUUUUGCGGCCAAUCGUUGAAGAAGAGGAAACAAACCAGAGAAAGGAUCAGUGGCGGAAUUUUCUCGCCGGAAAAAUGGGGAAAGCUAGAGGCAUUAACAGUGGCGGCGGAGAGAGCUCUCUUGGUUAUCUCUUUGGAUCCGGCGAGUCUGUUCCUAAGCCCAACAAGGCCAACACUAGCUUUACAACCACAACGACCACCACAACAACCACCGACGGAGCUGGAGGCAGACCCACGACCACGACGACAACCACCACCAUCGGAGAUAAAAACAAGACGGAGGAGGAGAAGAAGCAGAUCUCGGCUGGUGUAAGAGGAAGCCCUAAUAAUUACCACAGAACAGAAGGACAAAACUGUGGCAACUUCCUCACGGAACGACCAUCUACGAAGGUUCAUGCUGCACCAGGUGGAGGUUCUUCUCUUGGUUACUUGUUUGGAUCUGGAAAUGAGAAAUGA